CUUUGAUAGUGAUAUCAUAAAGUCAAUCUUCCGCUUGGAGAAAGUCACCAGGUAUAUUGAACAGUGACAAAAUAAAAGUUUGUUUGUUGGACUGGCUUCCUGAGACACUGCGAGCCUUGAAAACGACGGAGUACUGUAAGCCACUACCAUGCUGGGGUCAGGAUUCAAGGCUGAGAGAUUAAGGGUCAAUCUGAGACUGGUCAUAAACAGACUAAAAUUGCUAGAGAAGAAGAAAACUGAGUUAGCUCAGAAGGCAAGGAAGGAGAUCGCUGAUUACUUGUCCACUGGGAAGGAUGAGCGAGCUCGAAUCCGUGUGGAGCAUAUUAUUCGAGAAGAUUAUCUUGUGGAAGCUAUGGAAAUCCUUGAGCUGUACUGUGACUUGCUGCUAGCAAGAUUUGGCUUAAUUCAGUCUAUGAAAGAACUAGAUCCUGGCUUAUCUGAAGCUGUUUCUACGCUUAUUUGGGCUGCUCCACGGCUCCAGACAGAAGUUUCUGAGCUUAAAAUAGUGGCUGAUCAACUUUGUGCCAAAUACAGCAAGGAGUAUGGCAAGCUCUGCAGGACUAAUCAGAUAGGCACUGUCAAUGACCGGCUUAUGCACAAACUUAGUGUUGAAGCUCCACCCAAAAUACUUGUGGAGAGAUACUUGAUCGAAAUUGCAAAGAAUUACAAUGUACCUUAUGAGCCAGAUUCUGUUGUUAUGGCAGAGGUUCCCACUGGUAUAGAAGCUGAUCUCAUAGAUGUAGGAUUCACAGAUGACGUAAAGAAAGGUGGAGGAGGAAGUGGAGGAUUUGGAGUACCAUUGUCAGGGCAUAUGCAGAUGCCAACACCCACCAUACCCUUCCCAUAUUCUGCAGCUUCUGGUCCAGACACCUUUAGUGGAGCAGGUGUGGGAAUCUACCAACCUUUUAGUAACCUGAAACCACCUGCAGUGAGUGGUAUACCACCACCGGUCCCAUCAAUGCCCCCCACAUAUGAGUCUAUUAAUGCAAAUGCGUUUCUUGCAGAUUAUAGCCUUGUUGCUCUAUUGGAAUGA